AUGGAGGGCGGCCGAGUAGAUGGGGUUUCCAUAGAAACUGACGAAGCGGAGCAGGGAGCACUGGCUCAGGACAGGCAGGAUGGCAAAGAGCUGGGCAUCAGUCAGGUCACAGAGUUCCAGGCCUGGGUCUCCAGGAAUCCUGCUGGAGACCAGGUGAUUUUAGAUGACAGAAGAAAAUUGGAGGCCGAUUAUGACAUUGUGAACACUUGGAAUAUUCCACAAGGCCUUGAUCUUAAGGUGAAAAUAGGACAGUUUUCUCCAUUUGCUCUACAUGAUCAUCAACUAUCUUUAUCUGAAGAUUUGGUAGAGUGGGCCGUAGAAACUACAGAGCCUGUUCUUUCUGUCUGCAGUGAGAGUUGUGGUCCUGGAUUCAGGAAAUCCCUGCAGGAGGGAAAGGCUGCCUGUUGCUUUGAUUGUACCCCUUGCACAGAGAAUGAGAUGGCUAAUGGGACAGACAUGGAGCAGUGUGUGAAGUGUCCAGAUCACCAGUAUGCCAACACACAGAGAAACCAGUGCCUCCUAAGAUCUGCAAGCUUCCUGGCUUAUGGGGAGCCAUUGGGGAUGGCCUUGGCCUGCAUGGCUCUUGGUUUAUCUACAGUCACUGCAGCUGUUCUUGGGGUCUUUGUGAAACAUCACAACACCCCCAUUGUCAAGGCGAAUAACCAGGCUCUCAGCUACACCAUGCUCCUCUCCCUCAUCUUCUGUUUCCUCUGUUCCUUGCUCUUUAUUGGCCGUCCCAACACAGUCACAUGUAUUCUACAGCAAACCACAUUUGGAGUUGUAUUCACUGUCGCUGUUUCUGCUGUUUUGGCCAAAACUCUAACUGUGGUUCUGGCCUUCAAAGUCACUACUCCAGGGAGAAGUAUCAGGUGGCUGCUGGUGUCAGGGGCUCCUAACUUCAUCAUUCCCCUCUGCACCCUGAUUCAGGUGACUCUCUGUGGGAUCUGGCUGGGAACCUCCCCACCUUUUAUUGAAACAGACAUACACUCUGAACAUAGCCACAUCAUCAUCCUGUGUAACAAGGGCUCCUUCAUGGCCUUCUACUCUGUCUUGGGAUACCUGGACUCCCUGGCCCUGGCCAGCUUCACUGUGGCUUUCCUGGCCAGGAACCUGCCUGACACCUUCAAUGAAGCCAAGUUCCUGACCUUCAGCAUGCUGGUGUUCUGCAGUGUGUGGCUCACCUUCCUGCCUGUCUACCACAGUGCCAAGGGCAAGAUCAUGGUGGCUGUGGAGGUCUUCUCCAUCUUGGCCUCCAGUGCAGGGCUUCUGGGCUGCAUCUUUGUCCCCAAGUGCUACAUCAUCUUGAUAAGGCCUGAUAUAAAUUUUGUGCAUGGCUUUAGGGACAGAAAAUGCCCUGGGCACAUUAAGCCCUCCUAA